GGCACGGGGUCCCGGAGCCAUUUGGCCGGUGGGGCACGGCGCGGGGCGACUGGGUGGGGAGGUGCGCGGCUCGUUGGCUCUCUCCGGGUAGGGGGUGUAGGACCGGCUCCCAGCAUGGGUGACCAAGCGCUCAGCUUCCUCAAGGACUUUUUGGCCGGUGGGGUCGCUGCCGCCAUCUCCAAGACGGCUGUCGCCCCAAUCGAGAGAGUGAAGUUGCUGCUGCAGGUCCAGCACGCCAGCAAACAGAUCACAGCAGAGAAGCAGUACAAGGGCAUCAUCGACUGCGUCGUCCGCAUCCCCAAGGAGCAAGGCAUCAUCUCCUUCUGGAGGGGCAACCUAGCCAACGUCAUCCGGUACUUCCCCACCCAGGCCCUCAACUUCGCCUUCAAGGACAAGUACAAGCAGAUCUUCCUGGGGGGAGUGGACAGGCACAAGCAGUUCUGGCGCUACUUUGCGGGCAACCUGGCGUCUGGCGGUGCGGCUGGAGCCACCUCGCUCUGCUUCGUCUACCCGCUAGAUUUUGCCAGGACCCGGCUGGCGGCCGAUGUAGGCAAAGGAGUGGCCGAGAGAGAGUUCACCGGGCUGGGUGACUGCGUCGUCAAGAUCUUCAAGUCCGAUGGCUUGAGGGGCCUGUACCAGGGAUUCAAUGUGUCCGUCCAGGGCAUCAUCAUCUACAGAGCAGCCUAUUUUGGGGUUUAUGACACAGCCAAGGGUAUGUUGCCUGAUCCAAAGAAUGUGCAUAUCGUAGUGAGCUGGAUGAUUGCCCAGAGCGUCACUGCAGCAGCAGGGCUGGUUUCAUACCCUUUUGAUACUGUGCGACGUAGGAUGAUGAUGCAGUCUGGACGAAAGGGAGCUGAUAUUAUGUACAAGGGCACAAUUGAUUGCUGGAAGAAGAUAGCAAAAGAUGAAGGAUCCAAAGCAUUCUUCAAAGGUGCCUGGUCAAAUGUGUUGAGAGGCAUGGGUGGAGCUUUUGUACUAGUACUUUAUGAUGAAAUCAAGAAGUAUGUCUAAAACUUAACAUCCUAAUGUAGUUCAGUUGUUCUCAAUCAACUUUUUAAAGUAAUUAUUGUGAUGUAAUGGACAACAAAAUAUUUCCUAGGGAAACAGAAUAAGACUGAAGUAACAUAUCUGGUUGAGAGAGGGAGGGAUGCAUUUACUUAAAAUCUGUCCACUACAGCACAGUUGCACUUUGUAUGGAAACUCCUCCGAUGUUUGUACUGAAUCUGUAUAUAUAUUACACCCUUUCAAAUUUCAGGUAAAGCUUUUUGUCUAGAGACAAGAUGUAGGUGGUAUACACCUAGUUUAAAAUCCAAUAAUGUGAAUUCAAAGAUACCUUUUAUAUUAAGUAAUGUCUCUAGCUAUCCAAAUCCAUGAUGAUAUAACAUGAUUUUAUAAACCAUGUCAACUUCUCUAAAGCUGUUAUUUUUUAAAACUAAGUGUAAAAAAAUCUCUGAAAACAAACUAUACUAAAAUAUUGGGCUCUGAGUUCCUAACUGCAGCCUCUUCACUGACAAGUUAUGUAAGUUGUGGUCAAAACCAGACCAUAAUCUUUUUUCAGUUGUACUUCGUAGAAGGUGGAAAUACUGUUAAAAUGCCCUAUAUUUUCACAAAGCAAAAGGUUGUCUGCUCUGAUGUUCAAUUGAACUAAAACUGAACUCAUGAAAUAAAUUAAUAUAUCCAUGAACUUUUC